GUCAACACAAAACUAUUGGAAAAGUAAUUUAUUCACCAACCCAAGAUUUUGCAGAGGGGAAUUGAACCUGGAACCACAUGGAUUUGAAGCAAUCUUUUUAACAAUACAGUAAUGACUUGUGAAAUAGCAGCUGUCCUUAUUGUAACUGUUUUAGAUUGAUUAGAUGGUAGUUGCUUUUUUCGGUUAACUCCAUGCUUUUCAAGUGUUUCUUACCUUCUUAAGAUGAUACAGUGUGAUUCGAGGAACAUUUGGUUGCAAUUACAUGCUGAUUCCUUGAUUUGUCUCUUUCACUCUCUGAUAAUUAGUUGUUAGGAUCCUACAGUGUGGAUUGGUGGUAAAUUCAGUUACUUUCAUACUGGAUGGAGGUGUGGAUUCAGUGUCUACUGUUCAGAAUGACAGAAUACCUCAGCCUCCCGAAUCAGUCCAGAUGAUGUGUGAGGAGUGAGAAAGCAGCAAAUUGGGUUGAUGUUCAGUAUGAAAGGUGAUUAAAAUGAUUCAUGGUGUUUGAAUGAAUUCAAAUAAUAUUAAAGUAAUUCUUUGCAGUGUUCUUAUACCAACAAUAGUCCUGCUUUGUAUAUUAUGCAUCAUAGUUAUCAGACACAGGUACAAGAAAUCCAAAUCAAAUUUGAUAUCUGAAGAAAUGACCAAGAAGAGUACCACAAGGACCUGUUUACCAGUGAAGAUAGAAUCACGACUAAAUAAUACUUUGAAACUGCAAGCAGCAGAGAUAUUGCCCCCAAAUAAUGCACAUUCAAUUAGAAAUGAUCCUUGCAUGAUGGAAAGGGAAUUGCAUUCCACUGAUGUAUAUUAUUCUGUCAUAAAAGAUUUACGUAUGGUUGAUGAUAAUGUUGAAGAAUAUAUGUAUAUGGCUAAAAGGGAUAUAUAUUCAAAUGUAAAUGAUAAAUAUGAAAAUGGCUCAGAUACUGUUCACAGUGAUUUAUGUUUCACUGAGAAUGAAGGAUAUUAUGUAAAUUCAGCUGAAAAUAAUUUAUGCUCUGAUAAAAAUGGCAUGUAUAUUGAUAUGGAAUCUUGCCAUAAGUGAUUAAGAUAACUUACUUGAAAGUGUUUUCUUCUAAAAAUUCAAUCUAAUUAUAUCUAAAGAAAACAGAUACAUAAAACAACCCUCGAUGUCAACACUUCAAAAACCUAAUAGAAUAUUUGAAAUAUGUUUUCACUGAAAUAAUUAAACAAAA